CCGUUCGCUUCACUUUCUGCACCUUUCCCUCGUCUUUUCCACGCUAACCAAACGGACCUUAGGGAUUCUCUCUGACUAUCCGUUUUCUCCGUCCUCGUUUCUGUCUCAAUUAAGACUGUAAGCAGGGCUCAAUUUCUUCCAGCACACAGGGCAGGGCAGGUCCGACCAAUCUCUCUCCAAUGGCAGUUCCAUUUGCAACAACGCUGUCGAAUGUUGGCUCCCUCUCAGGCUCACGAAGCCUCCCUCCAAUCAAAAUUCGCAACCCUCCGUGUUCCUCUACUAAGCUCCCAAAAUGUGCAUUGCUUUCAGAUACGCUGUCGUCCAGCUUCUUCUCGGGCUCGUUGCGUUUGACGUCUUCGACUAACCCGUCUAUUCAAUUAAGGAAAAAAGGUGGACUUUCUAGCUCGGUUCUCGCCACUGCUCAGGAAGCAGCAUUACAAUCAAAAGUGACCCACAAGGUGUAUUUUGAUGUAAGCAUUGGGAAUCCAGUAGGAAAGCUUGCCGGGAGAAUUGUGAUUGGGUUGUAUGGUGAUGAUGUGCCCCAAACUGCUGAGAAUUUCCGUGCUUUAUGCACAGGAGAGAAGGGUUUUGGAUACAAAGGUUCUGCAAUCCACCGUGUCAUCAAGGAUUUCAUGAUUCAAGGUGGAGACUUUGAUAAAGGAAAUGGAACUGGUGGUAAAAGCAUAUACGGCCGUACAUUCAAGGAUGAGAACUUCAAGUUGUCCCAUACGGGACCUGGAGUUGUUAGCAUGGCAAACGCAGGCCCUAAUACUAAUGGAAGCCAAUUCUUCAUAUGCACGGUUAAGACACCAUGGCUGGAUCAGAGGCAUGUUGUAUUUGGGCAAGUUUUGGAGGGCAUGGACAUUGUUAAGCUGAUCGAGUCUCAAGAGACGGACAGAGGUGAUUGUCCCCGAAAGAAGGUUGUUAUCAGUGAUUGUGGUGAGCUUCCAAUGGUCUGAUGUGGAAUCUUAUUAUUGCUGGUUGUUCAUUUUUUUCAGUUUCUCUUUUAGUUUUAUUGGCCGUCUCCUGAUUUAGAGGGAUUUUGUCCGGAUGAGGUUCCGUCCAACCCCUAGUUUCUUAUUUGAAUUUUGUAUACUGAGGUGCUGUAAGCUCAAAGCUCAAAGCUAAGAAGUUUGAUUUGAUCUUGUUGAACAAUUUCAUGCCAAAGGAUGUAUUAUGUACUUUGGGUGUACAACUGAAGCAUGUCAUAAUUAGGUAGUGAUUGAGGGGUUUGCGUAAUGUUUAGGUGAAGGUAGGGCUCCCCUACAAACCAUUCAGGCUAAAAUUGAUUAUUGUUCAUGUACAGUUCGAACUAUCUAUGGGGUCUUGGG